AGAUCAGCACCACCACCACCAUCACCAACCACUACCACGAGCAGACGCUAUCAUCUCCACCACCAAGCAGCAGCAGCAGUCGCAUCAUCAACCACCACCAGCACCACCAGCACCACCACCACCCUACCAUCGGCAUCAUCUCUCGAAACAGCAUGAAGCCUGCUAGCGCAGCGGCCACUCUCGCCUGCCUGGUGCUGGCCACGCUGGUGGCCGACCCGGCCGAGGCGUGGUACAAGCAGGCCACGGGUCCCAGCUACUACUCGGUGGGACGCGCCUCGGGGCUUCUCUCCGGCAUCCGCCGCUCACCAUUCGCACGCCGCUCGCUGCUCCCCGCGGACGGCGAAGCGAGAGACGGAGCGGGUCCCGCGGCGGGGCAGGUGGCGGCUACGGUGCCCGACGAUGACGAGGAAACGGCGGCGGCGGUGGUGGCGGCUCGGGGCAUCGCGGACGCUGACGGCGUGGAGCUGAUGCGCAACCUCCUGCUGCCCGUGCUGAUGCAGCAGCAGCAGCAUCCGAAGCGCGUGGGCAGCGCUGGGCGCGGCACGGGCAUCUGCGUGAAGGACGUGACCCCGUACCUGCAGAGCUGCGAGCCCCUGUCCGAGCUCCCGGCCACUCUGCAGUGCAAGGCGGAGGUCUACCUGACCCUCGACACACGAGACUGCCUCUACCCUUGAGCGCGCGCGCACGCGCCAAGACACACGAGCAUACACACACACGUGCACGUGCGUGUACACACACACACGCGGCAAUCCUGUUCGUCAGAUGAGUCCGCACCACCACGCCCCACGCCCUACUCAUCUGUCUCCCUCCUGCUCUCCGUUAGAGCCCGCUCAGUCCCCCUUUCUGAGACCCCCUUCCCUCCUAAUCACGUCUCUCUUCCUCCCCAUGUCCCCCGUCUCAUCAUCAUCAUCGUCGUCGCCAUCAAUACCCAUGCUAUACCAACGCCACCACGGUCAACACGGCCAUCACCAGCAUUCACGCUAAUGAUCCUUUACCGCGAUUAUCACCACAAUUACCACCGCCAUCAGCAUUCCCAUCACUACCAGCACCACAAACGUGACCAUCGCAAAUCACCACCACCAUCACAGUCGCCAAUACCAUCACUACCAGCACCACCAUCACCAUCAUCAACCAGAUUUACCACCCGAUUUCAGAGACAUAGAGUGAAGACGUUCAUGAUUCGUUCAUGAUUUUAUUUCAUGGCGAAUUGUGAUCAAAACAAAAACAAAGGUCCUCCCGUAUUGCCUGGACAGAUUAUUGGGGCAAGUGCCGUUAGCGAGCACCUAUGAAGGCGGACACGGCACACGAGGGGGUGGGUAUCCUGCGCCACGCCCGGCCGCCUUUGUCUCUCGAGUGGUACACAUUUGAGGUUGAGUCGACCUAGGGGAGGCCCAGGACCCGUUCAGAUAAUCGCCCCUAGUGUCGUUGGCCGUGAGCGAGAAUCGAACUCGGGUUCGCCGGGUUCGUCGCACAGCGUAGCGCUAACCACUCCACCACCGCUCCCCACGGACUCAACAAUGACAAACACACAUACGCGCCUCGGCUUCCCCAACCCACGGGCCCCUAGGUGCAGUUGCACCGCCUGCGCACUCCAUCGCUACACCACUGAUACACAACACUCGCGGAGACGGCUCGGGUGGCCGCGAAAGGUCUCCACGACUACGAUAUAUGGCACGAUAAAUAAAAAAAAUGUUUACCGAUAAUCGUAUCGUCCGUUUUUUUUU